UGCUCCUCCGUCAGAGCCAGCCAUGAGCCAGCCGAGCUCCCCGUCCUCCAGACCCGCGCCGACUCUCCGCCCGUCCCCCUGACUCUCACCGCGGCACCAUGAAGAGGCAAAACGUGCGGACCCUCGCGCUCAUCAUCUGCACCUUCACCUACCUGAUCGUCGGAGCGGCGAUCUUCGACGCGCUGGAGUCCCAGGAGGAAACGAGCCAGUGGAAGGAGCUGAACCUGCGCAAAGCGAAGCUGCUCGACACCUUCAACCUGUCCUCGGAGGACUUUGACGAGCUGGAGAAGGUGGUGCUGCAGCUUAAGCCGCACAAAGCAGGGGUACAGUGGAAAUUCGCCGGCUCGUUUUACUUCGCCAUCACUGUGAUCACCACCAUAGGGUAUGGCCAUGCAGCCCCAAGUACCAAUGGAGGGAAGGUGUUCUGCAUGCUCUACGCCCUCCUGGGUAUCCCGCUCACUUUGGUCAUGUUCCAGAGCGUGGGCGAGCGGAUCAACACCUUCGUCAGAUACCUGCUCCACCGUUUAAAGAAGUGCCUUGGAAUGAGGCGCACAGAGGUCUCCAUGGUCAACAUGGUAACUAUCGGCUUCAUAUCCUGCAUGAGCACUCUGUGCGUAGGCGCCCUGGCCUUCUCACACUUUGAAGGGUGGAGCUUCUUCCACGCCUACUACUACUGCUUCAUCACACUUACCACCAUCGGCUUUGGGGACUAUGUGGCGCUGCAGAAGGAUCAUGCGCUUCAGACCAAGCCGGAUUACGUGGCCUUCAGCUUCAUCUACAUCCUGACUGGCCUGGCUGUGAUUGGGGCCUUCCUCAACUUAGCUGUGCUGAGGUUCAUGACCAUGAACGCAGAGGACGAGAAAAGAGAUGCGGAGCAGAGGGCACUCCUCGCUCACAACGGUCAGGCAGGAGGACACAUCCACUGCUCCCUGGAUCCAGCCUCCACCUCCUCCACGCCAUCCGGAUGUGGCGGAGGAAGUGGAGUCGGAGGCAGUGGCGGAGGGGCGGCGAGCAGGGGUCUUCGUAACGUUUACGCUGAAGUUCUACACUUUCAAUCCAUGUGCUCCUGCCUUUGGUACAAGAGCAGAGAGAAGCUGCAAUACUCCAUACCCAUGAUCAUCCCACGAGAUCUAUCGAACUCUGACACCUACAUGGAGCAGGGGGAGGCUUUUUCUAACCCUCUGCACUCCAACGGCUGUGUGUGCAGCUUGCAGCGCCACUCAGGAAUCAGCUCUGUUUCUACUGGCCUGCACAGCAUCAACACAUACAGGAGACUCAAUAAACGCAGAAGCUCCAUCUAGACCAAAAGGACCUAAUGCUCCAAAGUCGAGUCCUACUAGUGUUCUUUGGGCAAACACUACUGUAACUCCUAAAGAGAGGAAGCAGUCCUGAUGUUUGCUCCACUGAAGAGCCUGCAGGAUCCAGACUAGUUGACUUCCAUUAGCUGAGCCCAAACUGUUUAGGAAUAACUUGUCACAUCUCUGAGGAAAAAAUGCUAAUGGUUGCUUAUGAAGAAGCAUCUGUUUCACCAACUAUGAAACUGUAGCUGUUGACAGACAAGGAAAACAAGCACCUCUGAAUUCUAAUAUUAAACACCAUAAUAUUGAACUCAGUUAAUGAUGGAGAAAAAGGGACAAAAUACACUGUGAGACAUGUUUUUAAAACAGACUGGGGUUGUAGUAACUGUAAAUAAUGCCCCUAUUAGACAUAUUUUAUUUACUAUUCUUAAAUGCGCUUUCCUUUCCAAAAAAGGUUCCUUAGUUGUAAGUAUUGAACCCCCACCAGUGAAACAAAAAUCUGUAUAUAUUUGGACACUUCACUUCCAGGAGAUGUCGAGGAAAAGCCUAUUUUUUCAGUGAAACUUUUCAGGACUUUUUUCCUUUGUGUCUGUCACUGAAGUUCAGGUUCAAGCCAAACUUUCUGAUCUGCUUCAUCUUUGUCUUUCUAUCAGAGUCAUACUGAUGGCAUUGUAAUGACUGAUUGUGUUUAUAUUGACUGUGCAAGACUGGUUUGAAUGUCUUUGUUAAGAAUGGGACACUCAAUAAUUGGGGGGGAUCAAACUUGUGACGGUGUCUCAGACCACUAUAACUCCUAUAAAUCUUUUCAGACCUCGCUGUUGUAUUUGAUACUAUCACUAUAAAUUUGUUAUCCAUGGUUUCUUCUUUUUUAUCUGUUUCAUUUACCUGCUGCUAAGAUAGACUCUGUAUAAGAGGUAGAAGUAGCCAUCAAAUGUCACCUGUUGGUUUAUGGGAUUCAAGCUGUAAGACUCAAGAAGUUUGGCAUUUUAGCCCAAGCCAUAUAGUUGGUUGCCAGUAGUGUUCAUAAUUGGCAGAGAGGGUGGGUUAAGGAAGAAGGAGUUAGCAAAAGUUAGGUUUUUAACUAGCCUGUGGAGCUCAACAGUGUAGUUCUGGAAGUAAAAUUCACAUUAAUUUUCUCCAUAGUAGAUUUGAUAAUUUGCCAUAAUGACUAACUUUGAUUUCCUCAAGGUGAGGCAUAUGGAAAUGGUUCUCAACAUACAUCAUAUUUGUCUGUAUAUGGCCCUCAGUGGAAAAGGUUUUGACACCCCUGAACUAAUUCAGGGUGUAGCUUGGUUAUCAAGGUGCAUCUCGAAACUAAAGUAUAAAUUACCUCUUUUUAAAGUAACUGGCACACUGUACUUAGUGGUUAAACAUUGCGCUCCAUACAGAAGCUACAGCUGUAAAAGAGGCAGUCCCAAGUUUAGUUCCUGACCUCUGCCAUUUACCUCACAAAAGUCUCCACUCUCAUCCUUGUUUCUAUCAACUACUGGUCUCUCUAUAAAGACAAGAUAAGUUUGCACAAUAAUCUCUGAGUUUUUUCUCUCACCAUCUCCUACUUGUAUCUCUACUGGUCAACAAGAGCAUCCCAAUUUGUUUUUGUCUCAUCAAGUGGAAUUGUCCCCUUCUAUGUAUUGAUUUUUUACUGUAUUGUGAGGUAUAACUAUACCACAUUUUUCAGGAGUCUGUGCUAGCAUCGUGCUAAUCGCAAGGUUGCAACUGAGGCAGAUCAUGCUUUAUCAUGUUUUAUGUGAAUAAGAAAAUAACAUAUAAUGUGUAGAUUGUGCUGAAUUAAGGGAGAUUAAACAUGCUUAAUUGCAAAAAAAGAAGAAAAAUCUGUAAUUAAAAGAAAGAAUCAAGGUUGUAAUUCAAGAGAGAAGUAGAGUCAUUUUCUCAUGGGCUGUAUCCAAAACCAGAUACUUUAACACUUUUCAUACUAAAUGUGGCAUAAACAGAGUUUAAAGUACAAUCCAAAUUCAUAAUGUGCAUUUUUGUGUAUGUGAGAAAUCUUUGCAUGCACGCUAGAUUGGACAGAAUUUUUAAGUAUGAAAUGGGAGGCCACAGGUAGCACUAAAACCACUACAAUGAAUCGAAGCUCUCAGUUUGUUCAGUAGCUGGUCAGUCAACAAGCAGUAUAAAACAAAUAUAAGAGUGCUUAAAUAUGUUUUAAAUGUCAAAUAAAGAUCAAACAACUUUCUUAUCCGCAUUUUAUUGAAAUUUGUUGUCAAAUUCCAUUUACAAACAGUUAUGCUAGCUUGUUGCACACUAACCAAGAAAUAUAUCAAUAAUUAAACUGCGUGACACAGAGGACAGGCUUGAAAGUAUGGUGGGAUGUCACAGAUAGCAGUCUGUAUGUUUUAGUAUGUAGCAGUAGUACUAUAUGGUUUCGGACACAGCCAUGGACUGCCAUAUAAUCAGAUUUCUUUUUCCUACCAGAAGAGCUGCCCCCUGCUGGUCAUUAGCAAAAAUGCAAGGUACUGAUGCUAUCAAACCCAAUCCGUUUGUAGACCAGGCUACAUUCACCUCAAUUACAGUUUGUUGUUGCUGGUUAUACGCUUUAAUAGAGCACAACUUUACUCUUAUAGUAUCAAAGAGAAUGAAAGCUCACCAUCAUAGAGAUUCAUAUCUUUCUCACUGCUGCACCUUAGAAAACUGUUGUACAUGCUUUAGGACACUGGAAUUCAGUGAACUAUUUUAUUAGUGCUUUUAUUAAAUGUAUCAUGUUUUGUUUUUAAGUUAUAUGCCCUGCAUAAUUCUUUCUUGUGUAAUCAGUUUGACAUGUUUGUCAAUAUAUGUUACUUUGUGUUACAUUAACAAUAACUGCAGUAAAAUUAAAUAAUAAAUGGCCUCAGAGUUUGCACCUCAAGCACUUAGGGGGGUUGUUGCUCCAGCCCCAAACACACUUGAUUCAGCCAACUGAGGUCUUUAAGCAGAUUUUGCUUUGGUUUCAGACCUUUUGAAGGGGUUUUACUACAUAGUCUUUAUUUAUUUUUCGUUUUAUUUUUCUAGGUCAAUUUUACAGUGUCAUUAUAUAUAUUACAGUCAUUAAAUUCAUUACAGUCACAAUUCAACUUUUUUUUCUCCACUGGAACUUUUUAAUGAUUGCAAUAUGUCUGUUAACAUCAUUCAGCGUCUCUAAUGAAAGAGGGACUGCAGUCGACUAUGUGUGUGACUAUACAUUAACUAUAUGUUUUUC